GACAUAGGCAAACGCGGGUUCCAAUCCAAUAAUUAACCCACGGAAUCACUUCCAAGUCCAACGCCUUCCUCGUCUCAUCUCAUUCCGUUCCUCUUUCUCUCUAGUCCUUGCUGUUACUAACCAGCUAAGCUAUAAAUUUCAAAUAAUCUCAAUCAAAUCAAUCCCAUUUUUUCCGUCAAACAAAACACUCCAAAAACAAAAACAAAUCCAAAUUCUUGUUGUUACUAGAAAUUUAUGAUCGAAUUUCAAAAUUAAUUUAAUGGCGUCGAACAAGAUCGAACGUGGUCACCAGAUGUACCGUGACGGACUCUACAAAGAGGCGUUAGGGUUCUACACUGAAGCAAUCGCUAUGGCGAAGACCAAUCCUCAGAAGAUUGCUUUGCAUAGUAAUCGUGCUGCUUGUUUUCUUAAGCUUCAUCAUUUCAAGAAGGCAGCAGAAGAAUGUACCUCGGUGCUUGAGCUUGAUAGCAAUCACAGCGGAGCAUUGAUGUUGCGGGCUCAAACACUGGUGACUUUGAAGGAGUAUCAUUCAGCACUUUUUGAUGUCAACAGACUCUUGGAGUUGAAUCCAUCAUCUGAGGUCUAUCAAAAUCUUCAUGCUCGCCUGAAGACACAGUUGUCACUUGCUCCAAUACCCGAGUCAGAAGAGGAGUUUGAGGAACAGGAAGAUGAGAAAGCUGAGGUGAUGCAAAAAAGAGAAGAAAAGAAGGAAGAAAUGCGACAGGUACACGUGGCAGCUUCUACUGUUAGGACAGUUCAAAAGGGUGAGCUUGGUAAAGGUGUUACUAGCAUUGAAUGUGCUCCUAAAGAAACAGACCCCAAGUUUUCAUCCAAACAGGGAAGAGAUAAAAACUAUGAGCCUAAAAAGUCAACGACAGAGCAUAUAGUUCCUAAUGAUCAAAACAGGGAAUCAGCCGAGCAACAAUCCAAAGGAUGGCAAACAAUUCCAAAACCAAAAGGGCAUUCAGCCCUCGACUACGCACGAUGGGACAGUGUUGACGAUGAUUCUAGUGAAGAUGAUAAUGACGAUGAAGACGAUGAAUCUUUUCCCCAAUACCGUUUUCGUGUGAAAACCGUUGGUGUACGUCCUGUGAAGUGAGAGGAUUCUAAUUUGGGGUAUCUACAAACGGCUGUUUUGAGAUCCAUAUUGAACAUAAACAAUGACCUCUGAUGGGCAAGAAUGGACUGGAUGAAAUAGCUCAAUCAUGUUAUCAACUUGAAGAUCCUACCAAUCCUAGGGAACCUAGGGAAGUACUUCUACCUGAUGAUUUGACUGUCGAUGUAGAUUCCCUCCGAAUCUGCCAAGUGCCAACGCUCCGCUGUUUAGUUAGUUUGCAUCUUUUGUGAAUAUUUUUAUUUUUAAGUUCAAAGGUUCAUAUUUCCAUAUUGGAAGAAAAGUACAGGGAGAGUUUCUUAGAUGCAUCCUGAGGCUCAUAUAGGGGUGAUCGUGAUCAAUACCACUGCAUCAACGGCGAGCUUAUUAUUUUUCUUGGUAAUAUAAUGUUUACAAAACUAUAAAUUUUAUUAUGAGUUUUUUAUUGAUGAUUAUUUAUUGUAAAAAGUAAAAACAAAGUAAUAAGAAUGCAGCUGCUAGAAUCCUUUGUUAUUCUUUCUUUCAGGAAAAAUAAAAUCUAGUUUUUCAA